AUGAGACUGUUCAUCAUUGGAUUUCGGCGAGCAGCAGCAGCAGCAACAGGGGUGGGUGUAUAUAUGCUUCCCGGCCAGCAGCAGCAGCAGACGACAAGGCUUGUGACGCGUAUGAUUGCUAGCAGUGCCGCGACAUACAUACAGUCGUCAACAACCUGUUCCAUCGCUCAGUCGGCAGUAACAUUCGCGCAGGGUGUAAAAAUGUUGGACGCACGAAAGACCUUCACGGAAGACUUCUUCUUCAGACAGCUGUUUGAUGAACAAUCGCAUACCUACUCAUACCUGCUGGCAGAUAUUACAUCAAAGGAGGCCAUCCUGAUCGAUCCCGUACUCGAGCAAGCAAAACGUGAUGCUCAGUUGAUUAAAGAACUUGGAUUUACGCUGAAAUAUGCGCUAAAUACUCACAUGCACGCGGAUCACAUAACGGGUACCGGAUAUUUGAAACAGCUGGUCCCUGGAACCGUCAGCGUAAUAUCGCAAAGCAGUGGCGCAAAGGCGGACAAAAAGCUGGUGGACAAUGAAACGGUCCAGUUCGGACGGCACGUGUUGCGGGCCAUGAGUACGCCCGGGCACACCAACGGCUGCAUGACGUUCGUGGUGGAGGAACAGGGCGUAGCGUUUACCGGUGAUACGCUGCUAAUCAGGGGUUGUGGUCGCACCGAUUUUCAGGAAGGUGAUUCACGCACGCUGUACCGUUCCGUGCACGAGCGCAUCUUUACGUUGCCGGAAAAUUUCCGCCUAUUUCCGGCUCACGAUUACAAAGGUAACAUGGAAACGACUGUUGCGGAGGAAAAACGUUACAAUCCACGGCUUACUAAGGAUGUGGACGCGUUCGUGGAGUUGAUGAGCAACUUGAACCUGCCGUAUCCCAAGAUGAUUGAUAAAGCGGUUCCGGCCAAUCGCGAAUGUGGUCUGUACGACAUACCCAAGGAGGCUUGACAAAUUAUGGUGAUGG